UUCAGCCUAUCACUAGGGAUGGGAAAGUCGAUCCGUCGAUUCUUCGAUACCCCGAUUUUUUGAUACAUAAUCGAUAAUCGAGGAUCGGCGAAAAUCACCGAUUAUUAAAAUUCUGCAGGAUGUAGACGUAAAGUGCUGCCUAGCAGCGGUUCAUCGCUGUCGUUGCAGUAAUUUUAGUCAGUUUUACAACUAAAUAAAUAACCAUAAACGAUAUAAUAAAUAAUAAAUGAAAUAUAACAUAGCUUACCACAGCUCAGUUGCCACAAUCCCGUAAGCGGGAACGGAGGUUGGCGAUUUCGUACUGUGCAUUUAGGGUUAUUUAUUUAUUAACGCAGUGUUAUCGUAUAAAGAAAUUGUAGCCCAACUUUUACUUGCUGAAUACACCCACAUUGGUAGCCAUGUGCACAAAAUUUCAAGAUUCUACUGAGAAGUGUGCCACGUUUUCUACGUUUCUAGUAUAUUUAUUCACUUGCGUUGUUGCAUAUUUAUUUUCGUCAAUGAUUUUUUUUGUUAACCAGCAUUUGUCUAUACAUGAACUUUCACAGGUUUGCCAACUUCCGGUACAGAUCUUAUUCUCAAUUACUUAACGAUAAAAUGCAAGAAUAAUGUGGCCAUAGCCCGUAACAUUUUACGAGUUACGUAUUUUCCGUAAUUUAUUUAAUAACAGUAAACAUUAAAUCACCAGUUAAUUACGCAACUUAAACAUAAAAUUUCAAUGGACGUUUUUGAAACACGUUUUCAUUCCAGUAAGUUACCAGUACGGCAACUGUAGAAAUUUUCUUACAUGCUUUUGUUUCCAGUGAUGCUUCUUUGUUUGAAUGUUGGGUAAUGUUAGCGCAAUACGAAUAGUAAAAUAACAUUUUUAUUUACGUGAUGUCUAGUGAAGUGUGGAAAUACUUUGUCAUCGACCGACAAAAUUCUGGCUACGCAAUAUGUCAAAUCUGUAAAUGUACAAUCUCACGUGGCGGUAAAUCUAAAACUACAACAAACAUGAAAAAACAUCUCGAAAACAAGCAUGGGAGUUACGUUCAUGAGACGAAGAAACAAAGGCUACAUUCAUCGGAAUUGAGCGAGAUUGAAGAAAAUGAAAUAGAUGAUAGUUCAGCACAAAAUUGUUCUUCAGAGACAACCUUGCCAUUGUCAUCAAAUUCAGAUGUUAGGCCUACUGCUACUGAUUCAUCGAGAGGCAGCGGUUCAGUGUCCCCGAGGCAUGCUGAGAAAGUUGGCCAAACGAAUAUUUCAUCAAGAACACCAAACCAGUAUAGGCUAACUCCUAAAAGUCAAUACCAGCCUACAUUACAAUCAUUUAUUGAUAAAACUGCACAAUUCAAGUCCACUGAUCCUCGUGCAAAAUCAAUAACUCAGCACAUAGGUAGAAUGAUGUGCUUAGACAAUCGUCCUUUUAGCAUGGUUGAAGACAGAGGAUUCACAGAAUUUGUCAAAUUCCUUGAGCCUAGGUAUGUUUUGCCCAGCAGAAAACAUUUUUCAAAUACUGUUGUACCACACAUGUACCAAGAAUGUAGGGAAAAUGUGAACAAAAAGUUGGACGAAGCUGAACAUGUGAGUCUUACAACAGAUAUGUGGACUUCAACAGCCAAUGACGAUUAUCUUGGUCUAACUGUGCAUUUUGUUGAUUCCAAUUUUGUCUUGCAACACCUCAACAUUGGGGUUAUUCCCUUUCCUGAAUUAUCUCACACAGGGAACAAUUUGUGCAAUUUUAUCACAGAAACACUUGAAGAAUGGAAGCUGCAAUCUAAAGUUGUUGCCAUUGUAAGAGACAAUGCCAGGAACAUAACUGCUGGCCUAGAAUCAUCCGAAUAUGAACAUCUGCCAUGCCUAGCACAUACCCUGCAGCUUGUUGUAAAGGAAGGGCUACUGAACAACAAGAAUGUAAAUAAUCUGAUUGCCAACGGUCGUCGCAUAGUUGGCCAUUUCAAACAUUCUUGUAAGGCGACAAAAGAGUUAAAGAAGGCUCAAGCCACGCUGAAAAUGAAAAAACAUAAACUUAUCCAGGAUGAACCAACGCGUUGGAAUUCAUCUCUCCAUAUGCUACAGCGCUUACUUGAGCAAAAACAGUCUGUUUCUUUAGCAUCAGCAACUCUGCAGUUACCUGUGACUUUUUCAUCAGCAGAAUGGAACCUGAUGACAAAUGUAGUAAACCUUUUAAGUAUUUUCAACCAUGCAACAUUGGCUGUAAGUACUCAGUGUGUGACAGCCUCAGAAGUCAUACCUAUAAUCAACAGUUCUACUGAAGAGCUAAGGAAACCAGCACCUACUGGAUCAGGUGUACAGGGCAUCAAAAAUGAUAUGCUUGCUGCCAUAACUUUGAAGUAUUCUGAUGUUGAAGAGAAUAUGUUGUACGCAGUUGCAACAUUACUGGACCCACGAUUUAAACACCAUGUUUUUGUGCAGGACGGUAAUGUCACAAAAGCGAAAGUUUUUUUGAUUGAAGAAGCAAGAAAAACUAUCUGUUUGAAACAACCUGAAACUGAGUCUGUGCCGCAAACAUCCAGCCAAGCAAUGGAAAGCCAUGGUAUGUGGACAUUUUACUCAAACAUAAUGAAGACUGCCCCAAGUGUAAGCCACAUCGCAUCAGUUGAAGAUGAGAUUAAUGUUUACUUGGAAGAACCUAUUCAAAAUUCAAGUACCAACGUUUUCCAGUAUUGGAAAGAAAAUACCAAGUACCCAUGUUUAAAAAAACUGUCAAAGAAAUUUCUUUGCAUUCCACCUUCAACUGUACAUUCCGAGCGAUUAUUCAGCACUGCAGGACUGAUUGUUGAUCAGAAACGGAACCGUUUAGAUCCUGAACGAGUCAAAAUGUUGGUUUUUUUAAAUAAGAAUUUGUGAUCUAAUAAGAAUUUAGGAUCUAAUAAGACUUUGUGAUCUAAUAAGAUGCUUUGCCAGUUUUCAUUUAUUAUUUUAAGAACUUUCAAUUUUAUUUUGUCAAAAGUGUUGUUUUUAUGAUAUUUCACUAUGUUGUCAUUUAUUUCAAAGGUAUAAAGAUUGAAUUUGGUAGUUUCUGGUUUUUUACAAUAUUUUUAAUAAUCACAACUUUUUGUGGCUAUUUAAAGUUUGAUUGAUA